GUCCUACAAAGUCUCUGCAUUUAUCUCUGAUUUGUGAGAGAAAAUACAUCCGAAUUACGCCACGUAUCGAUACAGAAUCGCGUUGGAUAGCUUCCGCUGCGGUCCGUAGACUGGAGAUCCGCAGAUUCAAAGCGAUCGUUCAAAGCCAUGGCAGGGCACUCGCCCACUCUCCCUCAUCUUGUCUUACUUGAGCACCGGCAGCCAUCAUCCGCCUCCCAUUAAGAACUCCAGACCGUCACCAUGGCUGCCUCUUCUCCUCCCAAGUCCCAACCCAUCACUAUGGGGCCUCUUCCGCCGCUCGUAUUAGCACUCUUUCUCCUACCUCUCCUCUACUUGUUCUUCAGGGGCGGUAGCAAGGGACGAUCGACACAGGGAGCAAGAAACGCUCCCGGGCCGCCGAAACAGCUUCCCGUGCUCGGCAACCUCCUGCAGCUCGGCGGCCGGCCACACCGGUACUUCCAGUCGCUCACCCAGAAGUACGGGCCGGUGGUGCAGGUGCAGCUCGGCCGCGUGCGGAUGGUCGUCGUCGCGUCGCCUGAGGCGGCCAAGGAGGUUCUCCGGACGAACGACCUGCACUGCUGCAGCCGCCCAAAUUCACCAGGUGCGAGGAUGCUGAGCUACAACUUCCUCGACGUGGCUUUCGGCCCCUACAGCGACUACUGGCGCGAGAUGCGGAAGCUCCUCGUGCUGGAGCUGCUGAGCGUGAGGCGCGUCCAGUCCUUCGCCUACGCCCGGGCCGCAGAGGUGGACCGCCUUGUCUCCUCCCUCGCCGGCACCCCUCCGGGCACCCCGGUCGACCUCAGCGAGCAGCUGUACGCGCUCUCGGACGGCAUCAUCGGCACGGUGGCCUUCGGGAAGAUGUACGGGUCGGAGUCGUUCGAGAGGACCAGCUUCCAGCGGAUGAUGGACGAGACGCUGCGGGUGCUCGGCAGCUUCACGUUCGAGGACUUCUUCCCGUCGUCGGCGCUCGCACGGUGGGCGGACGCCCUCACCGGCGUGGCGUCGCGGCGGCGGAGGGUCUUCCUCAGGAUCGAUAGGUUCUUCGACGCGGUCAUCGACAAGCACCUCGAGCCGGGGAGGCUGGCGGCCGGGGUGCAGGAGGACAUGGUCGACGCGCUGGUGAAGAUGUGGAGGGAUCAAGAUGGGGCUCUGGCGCUGACGCGUGAUAACAUCAAGGGAAUCCUGAUGGAUACAUUCGCCGGUGGGAUCGACACUUGCGCUGUGACGACGAUCUGGAUCAUGGCGGAGCUGAUGAGGAACCCAAGGGUGAUGCGGAAGGCGCAGUCGGAGGUACGCGCCGCGGUGGGGAACAAAUCCAGAGUGUACGAAGAAGACGCCCAGGGCCUCAAGUACCUCAAGAUGAUAGUGAAGGAGAACUUCAGGCUCCACCCGCCGGGGCCUCUGCUGAUCCCAAGAGAGACCAUGCAGAGCUGCGAGGUCGCCGGCUACAGCGUGCCCGCGGGCACCAGGAUACACGUCAACGUCUGGGCCAUGGGGAGAGACCCGGAGAUAUGGGACAGGCCGGAGGAGUUCUUCCCCGAGCGGUUCGAGGACGCGCAGGUUGAUUUCAGGGGGCUGCACUUCGAGCUCCUUCCGUUCGGGUCGGGACGAAGGGCCUGCCCUGCCGUCGCCAUGGGCGUGGCCAAUGUGGAGGUCGUGCUGGCCAACCUGUUGUAUUGCUUCGACUGGGAGCUUCCCGAGGGCGUGAAGGAGGACGACGUCGAUAUGGAGGAAACAGGGCAGCUUGUUUUCAGCAAGAAGGUGGCUCUUGAGCUUGUGCCAGUUAAGCGGUAGUGAUAUCUUUUUUUAGUGAUAUCUUUUUUUUGAGAUUCUAGUGAUAUCUCAUAUGUUUCAAAUGCCACCUAGUGCUUCCUCAAUAAACUAAACAGUAGUUUAAAUCUCAAAUA